GGUUGCUAAGGGCAUGCUGAAGAAUGGGUUGUAUGAAAUGCUGUUGAAUGAGAAGGGCAUGACAGCUGAGAAGGUUACCUACCAGCAGCCGACGGAGGAAGGGGUGCUGGCAAGGGAGGAGCUGCGGGCGAGCUUGAAAAGUGUACCUGUAGAGGAGCUGCGGAAGGAAGCGGUAUCGAUGGUGGCAGCAGCGGCUAAGGUAGACAUGGAGACCCUGCAUAGGAGUUUUCUGGACUGGAUGGUGGAAGCAGAAAGGCAGAGUGGGAAGCAGCUGAAGGUGCUGAGAACUGACAAUGGUGGGGAGUUUGUCAAUGAGGAGUUCAACAGCUACCUGCAUGUGAUAUUCUAUGAGAAUGUCACCUACUUGAAGUGGAAAGGGGUGAGUUCGGAGAUUGCAACGGCAGGGGAAGCAGCUAACCUAGAGAAGGUGGAAGGGCUGCUGGAGGAGACAUCGAUUGAAGGGAUUGGAGAUGAAGUAGAGGAGAUUGGAGAAGAAGCAGCACAUACUUGGGUCAUAGCAGCAAGGAACUACUUUCUAGUGCAGCUGGACAUCAAGAACGCUUUUCUGCAUGGGCAUCAGGAUGAGGGUUUACUAUUUGAAGGAGGAGAGGAGACAUUGGAACUGGUGGGGUAUGCUGAUGCCUCACAUGCAUCAUGCAAGGAAACCAGGAGAGGGGCAUAUGGAUAUGUGGAGCAGUUAGAGAAGCAGCAGUUCAAGUUCGAGUUUGUGCGCACUGAGGAGCAGGCAGCUGAUUUCUUGACCAAGGUGCUGCCAAGGGCCAACUUUGAGAACUGUAAGGAGAAGGUCGGGAUACGUACCUUGAAGGACAUGCAGAGGAUUGUGAAGGUGACUUAGAGGGUGUGGUUGGCAGAACCACAGGGGAGGUUGUUGGAGUGGUUCCGCCACCCACAACGGACUACUCGCGA